CCCAAAGCUCUUGUCGGUGGAGCUGCUGUUCAGAGUUUCAGAGCUAAGCUGUUAGUAGAGCUAUGGGAAAAGUUUUUAGAUACUAAUAAACUAACCUAGGACAAACUUCUCAAAUCUCUGGAGGAUUUGAGAUACCUGAAAGGAAUUUUAAAACUACCAUGGAGAAACACAACAGUGCAGAGUCACAAUUGACCACAGUUUUGCUGCUGUCUGUUGUGGUAAUCGUGGCAGCAGGAAUAUUCUAUCUGUACAGUGUGAUACUGCAAAUGUUGCACAAAACACCAGUGCAAAACAAAGUAGUGCUAAUAACCGAUUCAUUGUCAGCCCUGGGAAUAGAGUGUGCAAAACUCUUCCACAAGCGCGGAGCCCGACUGAUCCUUUGUGGCAAGAACUGGGAAAAGCUUGAAGCUCUUGCACAGCAGCUGGUCAAUGAAUCGGAUCCUAUUUUAACAUUCCCACCAAAGUUAAUAGAGAUGGAUUUCACAGACAUGGACAUGAUGCCAGAUGUGCUUUCAGAUGUACUUGACUGUUAUGGCUACCUGGACAUGCUCAUCAUCAACAGCAGCAUGAAAGUGAAAGCACCUGCACAGUCUCUGUCUCUGGAAAUGGACAAGACUGUUAUGGAUGUCAACUAUUUUGGACCGAUCACACUGACCAAAGGUGUUCUGCCCUCAAUGAUCUCCAGAAGGUCUGGCCAUAUUCUCCUGGUCAACAGCAUUCAGGGAAAACUGACCGUUCCCUUCCGCACAACUUAUGCUGCCUCCAAACAUGCAAUACAAGCCUUCUUCGACUGCCUAAGAGCUGAGGUGCAGGAGUAUGGCAUCUAUGUUAGCACCAUCAGUCAUACCUUCAUAAACACCGCUAACACGACCCAGCACACCACCGUGAGCAAUUCCAUCAUGUCAGUGCUAACAGGACAGAAACCUCAUGGCAUUUCAACAAAAGAGAUGGCCAAUGCAAUACUACAAGCUCUGAGCAGUAAGAAGAAGGAAAUCAUCAUGGCCCACUCCAUCUCAAAAGCAGCUAUCUAUACCCGCUCUCUCUUUCCUAACUUCUUCUUCGCUGUAAUGGCAGCAGGAGUGAGAAAAGCUGCAAGUGUGGAGCCAGUGCAGUGAAAUGUGACUUCAUUGAGUAUUCAAAAUCUUUUCAGAAUUUUUAUUAGUGUGCUCUUCACUCUGUGAAAUGUCAAUGUUACAACAUGUUGGAAUAUUUGUAGUUAAACAAAUAGAUUUAUGUUCCUGAAUGUGAUGUACAGUAAAUGUGACCUUUUUCCACAUUUUCCUUCUAAGGACCUUUCUUAAGAUCUAUCUCUAUUUUCUACAGAUUUCUCCAAGACUCUAGUUGUUAUUUUUUCUUUCCAGUGUUUGCUAGUCAGUGUUUUGAUCCAUUUAUAAAUAAUUGUUGGUAAAGUUUAUGGCAAUUUUUUCAUGUUUAUAUUAUCUUCUCCAUCUAUGUGAUAGUUCAGAUCUUGGUAAUGGAUGCUUUAGGUGUUUUAAUAACUCCAAUCUGCUUGAUAGUUACAGCCUAUUGCAUUAUUACAGAGGUAAAUAUGUUUAACUGUUUUAAUAAACUUUUGCACGUAACCAGCAAAAGAUAAGUGUAUUGUCUCAGGCAGGAGAAAAUGUCAUGAUGUUUCUGUUUUCAGUGAUGAAUGAAUUUU